GAGUCUGCCGGAAAUAAAAAGAAGAAGAGCACAUGACCGGAGCGUUAGCGCUGGGGUUCUUUUUCCUCCCGCUUAAUGUUGUCAGGAAUGCAGUCUUUUUGUUUUUGUUCAGAUUACAAUUUUAUAAAGCAGUCCGUUAACAAAUUACAGUAUACAUAUAUUUUAUAAUGUCUACAGGCUCUUCGAAGAACAGUUGACAUGUCCGCUGCAAUCAUGAGUGGGACAACCAGCAAGCUCAACCUGCUGGUCAACAAGCUGCAUGAAUUUCUUGCACAUUCAGCGGUCGAGGACAGCAAUGAUACACCAAACGAAGAUCAUGAUGUACUGAUAAAUAGCAGAUCAAGAUCUCAGGCAAACCACAGUGCAGAGGCGGAGGAUACCAGAUUCUCAAAAAGAAAACCCUCAGUUGUCAUAAAGCACUCGGGGCUGGAUGAAUCUGGUGACUCAAAUGAUAGUAUGGAUGUGGAAAUAUUUAAUGUCAAUGGUGAACUUGACAUCACCAGAUUGCCAAAAGGCACUGCUGUUGUAAGACCUGAACCUGUGGAGAAUGGUAGAGAUGACUUCAGGGGUCCAGAAUUUCACAGCAGAAAACAGACUGUACUGCGUAGAGAACGACGUGGAGGUGCUGAUAGCGCAGUUAUUGUCACCUGUACAGCCUGCAGUCGUCAAGUAAAUCACUUUCAAAAAUAUAACUUGUUCAGGCAUCCUGUUCUCAAAGUGCUAAUUUGCAAGUCUUGCUACAAGUAUUACUCAAGUGAUGACAUCAGCAAGGAUGCAGAUGGAAUGGAUGAGCAGUGCCGAUGGUGUGCUGAAGGAGGCAACCUCAUCUGCUGUGAUUACUGUAGCAAUGCUUUUUGUAAAAAAUGUAUUUUAAGAAACUUGGGAAGAAAAGAACUUUCCACCAUCUUGGAGAGUAAAUGGUACUGCUAUGUUUGUAAUCCUGAGCCUCUUUUUGGCAUUGUGACCGCCUGUGACAACAUCCUGGAAAACCUAGAAAAACUUUGGCAACAGCAGCCUAAAAGAAACCGAAAUGGAGCUGAGAAGUCUGAACUGUACAUGUUGCCUACACCACAGAACAUUCCUCCAGAUAAAUGGGACCACACUGGUAUGGAUGGCAGUGUGGUGUUCAACUAUAGUGCUCUAAAAGUUUCAAAAGACAUUACUAAGAAGACCAAACAUCUAGUUGAGUCAACCAACACGUUAAAUCACACCUUUGUUAAUUUUAUACACUGUGUGACCAAAAACAAACAAGCAGCCACUGUUCGCAAACUGUACCUCAGUUCAUUUGUGUCAGUGGUCAAAGGUUUGAGGAAAUCCCUUGCUUUGUUAGAAGAAUGCCUUAAAGAAGAAUUUACUGAUUUGGAUGUACAAAACCGUUGGGACAAGUUACUAAAAGAAGACCUAAACACACAAACAAUAAAAGCCCAUUUGGGCCUUGAUGAAGCCAAUGUUAAGUGUAUAAGCAAAUUGCAAAAACUGGCGGCUGAACACUUGGAAAGCGAAGAGUCAGAUGGAAAGUCAUUGUCCAGUUCCUCUGACAGUUCUGAUGAGGACCUGGUGGUACAUUCCUCCAGGCGAAAUCGGAGUAAAUCUAAGUUGGUGUCAGAUGGCAAUAUCAGUAUGACCAAAAAGCUGGUGGUACAACUGACACCCAUGCCCUUGGACUCCAAGAACGUCUGCACAACUCCACAAGGCAAACAAGAAGUCUGUGCUGGGCCUAAGAAAUCAUCAGAAAACUGUAAAACAAAGCAAGACUCCGGUAGCAUAAAAGUUGAGCGAAAGAUGAGCCGUAAAAGCAGCAGCAGCGUGCUGGCGCCUCAGACAGAAAAAGAACAAGACAACAGGCGUUCCCCGCGUCUCAAAACCACUCCCUUAAGACGACAAAGUGACGUUAAAACCACAGAGUCACCUUUAACAAUUGACAGUGACUCUGAGGAAGGGGCCAGCACGUCUGCAUCUAAAAAGUCUGAGAAGGGUCUGAACAGAGAUGCACGCGACUCGGACUCUGACGAAAUACCAGCAGUUUUACUAGAGCGAGUUGCAAUGAUGCACAGUUCUGAUGCUGAAAGUGAUGGGGAAACUGAAGGAUCAACAAAGGUGGCCAAAAAAUGCCUCUUUUGGCUGAACAAAAACAAUAUGUGUCGAAAGCGCAAAAUGCUUGAUCACUCCCCUGACAACCAAAAUAAAAGAAAUAUCAAAGCAAGAAGGGAAAGUUCCACAGACUCUUCAAGUGACGAAGAAAAACCCCUAAAGAAAAUCCGCUUGACCCCACUGAGGUCACCUCAAAUUGUCAAACGAGAGAACAGACCAUCGCGCCAGCCUGAGUCCGACUCGACGUCUAUAUCAAGUGAAGAAGGCGAAGAUGACUCUGGAAGUGAUGAAGAUGUUCAAAGAAUGAAGCCUAUUACAGAAAAUGUGUCUGUCUUGGGGGCAGCAGCUUUCCACCAAUCAUCCGGAGAUGAAGAAGAACAGCCAGGCCCCUCGGGGCCAAUAGAUGAUGAUGAUGAUGAAGAUCCAGAAAAUAGAAUCGCUAAGAAAAUGCUUUUGGCCCAAAUCAAAGCCAACUACUCCUCGAGUGACGGUUUCUCUUCGGGCAGCGAUGGAUCAGAGUCAGAUUUACAAGUUCAAGACAAAGAAGAAAAGAUGGUCGAUAACACUGAAGUAGACUCAGCUUUGGCCUCAGAGUCCUCCGACAGCAGGCCUGACGGAGUUCUGUUCAGGCACCACCUGCUGCGCCACAAACUCACUAUCAAUGAGGAAACCUCAGGGAACAAAACAGAUAAGAAUGAAGAGCAGCUGCAGAAUAAAGCCCACACCAAAAGAAAAGACAAUGAAGCUGACAGUGACACCAAUGAUACUAUUAAUUCUGAGCUGGAGGAGCUAUGCAUGAGUGAGGAACUAAGUGAGAGUGACAAUGAAAAAACAGAGACUCCCGGUGAAGACCCACAGGCCAGUGCUGAACGCGAGACCCCCAUUUGCUACACUCUGUCUUCAGACACUGAGGGAAAGAGUGAUGAGGAGGAAACUAGUCUGAGUCAAGGGAGUCAAGGCACUCCAAAGGGUCGCAAAAAGAUCCGCAAAAUCAUUGAAGAUGGUAAUCUCCGUGCAGAAACUCAGGAAGCCAUAAAAGAGGAAGAGGAGAGGUGUAAACGCCUGGCCAACCGAGAAUCAAAGCUGGAAGAGAGAAGAGAGAUCAUAACCAUUCCUGAUGAAGCAUGUCCCAUUAUCCGCAAGCUGGUUUUGGAUGAAGAUGAAAACACCAAAGAGCCUCUCGUUCAGGUCCACAGAAACUUGGUGACUGAACUCAAGCCUCACCAGGUGGAUGGUGUUCAGUUUAUUUGGGACAGCUGCUGUGAGUCUGUUAAAAAGGCCACCACAACUCCAGGUUCAGGCUGUAUACUAGCGCACUGCAUGGGCUUGGGAAAGACACUUCAGGUGGUCACAUUUCUCCACACUGUGCUGCAGUCUAAGAUCUUAAACUUCAGAACUGCACUGGUGGUAUGUCCCCUUAACACUGUUCUCAACUGGGUCAGUGAGUUUAAGAAAUGGCAAAGAACUCUGGGAGAAGACAAAGUCAAGAUUUCACAAAUUGCUACAGUCAAAAGUCUGAGUGAAAGACUGAGUGUACUAAAAAUGUGGCAGAGAAAUGGAGGUGUGUUGAUCGUUGGAUACGAGUUGUACCGCAAUCUCUCACAAUUGCGAAAAAUCACUAAUGAGCAGUGGAAGAUUGACAUAAUGUCUGCACUGGUGGAUCCAGGUCCAGAUGUAGUUGUCUGUGAUGAAGGCCACAUUCUGCGCAAUGAUGGGUCCAGUAUCUCUAAAGCUAUGAAUGGCAUCAAAACUAAACGGAGGGUGAUAUUAACCGGCACACCUCUGCAAAACAAUUUGGUUGAAUAUCAUUGUAUGGUCAGUUUCAUCAAGAAGAAUCUGCUGGGCUCUCUGGGAGAGUUCAGGAACCGCUUCAUUAACCCGAUACAGAACGGUCAAUGUGCUGACUCCACGCCUCGAGAUGUUCGAAUCAUGAAGAACAGAGCUCACGUCCUUCACGCCAUGUUGGCCGGAUGUGUGCAGAGAAAAGAUUAUUCAGAGUUAAGUCAGUUUCUGCCUCCAAAACAUGAGUAUGUGUUGGCAGUGAGAGUUUCACACCUUCAGUGUCAGCUCUAUCGAUAUUACCUCGAUCAUAUCUCUGGGGUGUUGUCCAUGCCUGAGGGGACCAAAGCAAGGCCCGGAGCUAACCUGUUCAAGGACUUCCAGGUGCUCAGCCGAAUCUGGACUCAUCCUUGGUGCCUUCAUCUGAGUAAUGUCAAGGGAAGCCUUGAUAAGAAAAAUAAAGCCAAGCAUCAGCCUGAUGGGAACCAACGGCUUCUUUCUUUUAAGAUAAAUGAAGUUAAUGAGGACAAUGCAACCUCUAGCUCUGAUGUGAUAAUACAAGGGGAGAGAGAGUUUAACAGCUCAAGUUCUCAAUGUGCAACCAAUGACUGGUACAAGAAUAUGGUGUCUGAAAAUGAUGCUAAAGAUGCAACACACUCUGGAAAAAUAAUAUUACUGCUUGAAAUAUUAAAAAGGGCAGAGGCUCUCCAAGAUAAAGUGUUGGUGUUUAGUCAGUCACUGAUCUCCUUGGAUCUUAUUGAAGAUUUUCUAAAACAAGCUCAUCUGGCUAGAGUCACACAAGGCAAAGCUGGCAGUUGGAAAAGAAAUGUUGAUUACUAUCGACUUGAUGGUUCAACAAAUGCUUUGUUGAGAAAGAAGUGGGCUGAGGAUUUCAACAACUAUGCAAACAAACGUGGGCGACUGUUCCUCAUCUCGACAAGAGCUGGCUCUCUUGGCAUUAACCUGGUGGCAGCGAACAGGGUCGUCAUAUUUGACGCCUCGUGGAACCCAUCCUACGACAUUCAGAGUAUUUACCGUGUGUACCGCUUCGGUCAGCAAAAGCCAGUCUUUGUUUAUCGCUUUUUGGCUCAAGGCACCAUGGAGGAAAAGAUCUAUGAUCGUCAAGUCACUAAGCAGUCGCUAUCCAAUCGAGUGGUUGAUCAGCAGCAGAUAGAGAGGCACUUCACUCUCUUUGAGCUGACUGAGCUUUAUACAUUCAAGCCAGACCUGCUGGAUGAUCCUACUUCAUCCAGAGGCAAAAGAAUGUCCUCUGUGGUGCCAAAGGAUGCAGUGCUCUCGGAGUUGUUGCAGAGCUGUAAAGACCACAUUGUCUCAUUUCAUGAACAUGACUCUCUAUUGGACCACAAAGAGGAGGAGGAGCUCAGUGAAGCAGAGCGUAAAGUGGCCUGGGCAGAGUAUGAGGCAGAGUCCAAACCCGUCCCUGCUCUAGCCAGCACUAUACAGGCACCAGGAAACACAAUGCAGAAAACGAUCCAGAAUGUUUUGCAGGGCAUGACCAAUGAAAAGCUUUUGGAACUCCUAAACAAAAGUAGAGCAAAUGUAUCUACAGCGUUCAUGAGGCUGCAGAAAAUGUCAUCUCACACAAUGGUGGAGUACAUUAAAUAUGCUCGAUUGCAGUACCCACAUCUUCAGGAAGCAGAGAUACUGUCCAAGGCUGAGCUUUGGAAAGAAUGUGAUGAGAAGGCUCAGGAACGUAAUCGUGUUGCAUAUCGAGAAUCUAUUGCCCAGCAACAGGCUCUCACACUUCACAUUCAAGAUCUACUUAACGUCCGAAGAAAGAUGGCCGCACACCCUGUGAACCAGCCUGGACACUCUUGAGAAUUUCAUACUUUUUUUUUUUUGUAUUAAAAUCUGAUCUGACAGUAAAAACUCGUUGCAAGUUUAACACUACCUUUAAAGUAAUAUACAGUGCCUUUUAAACAUCACAAAAAGUUUUAAAACAUGCUUUUGAACAGGAAGUUCACUGCAAAAACAUAUUACUCUUUUGGUAGUUUUAUUUUUUUGAUACUUUUCUAUUAAUGUAUGAGUCUUAGUUUUGUUAUACUUGUUUUAUAUUUAAUUCCCAUAAUAAAUAUUUUUGUGACAAAUAAGUUGUGUUGGUAAUAUAAGUGCUAAGCUUCCAUUUGUGCCAUAAAACGUCACUCACUAAAAUAUGGCAAUUUUAUCCGUCGAUUUGUGCUCAUUUUUAGUAUUUAUGGAUUCAGCUAACAUUGAUUAGUGUACUUCGUGUUUACUAGUUAGAUAUAGUAAAACCAAGACCAGUUUCAUAUAAAUUAUAUUUAAAAGGUUAGAAAAGGUAUAAAAUAGUACAUGUACAUUAACAGUCAAUGUGCCAUAACAACAAUUUCAUGCAAUAUUUGGCAAAUUUACCAGUUAUGGUGCCCCCA